GAGAGAGAGAGAGAGAGAGGCAUAAAAAGUGAGAGGUGACUUGAAAUGUUGAGGUGUAGUAAUAUGGCCACCGAGUGUGUGAACUGAUGACGUCCCUGGCAGCGCACUUCGAAUCCUCUUUCUCGACGUUGUCGUCGUUGUCACCAACAACUUCGCCAUAUCCGUGUAGAUGUGCUACGCCAGAACAUCUGGUGUUGUGAAGCGGUCAAGUGCAGCCCAGUGCGCAACAGUGGCUGAGGAAAUUUCGGCAUUGCGCCCACGUACACGCGUUUCUUCGUACGAUAGCCGAGAUCGGCCUCGUUGCCAGGAUGAUGAACAUGUGGAAAGUGCGCGAGCUCGUGGAUAGGGCGACCAAUGUCGUUAUGAAUUACACAGAGACGGAAGCGAAGGUGCGCGAAGCCACGAAUGACGAUGCAUGGGGUCCGACAGGCGCCAUGAUGCAAGAGCUCACACAGGCGACCUUCACGUAUGAGCAGUUCCCGGAAGUGAUGUCGAUGCUUUGGAAGAGAUUGCUACAGGAAAAUAAACGCAAUUGGCGCCGUACAUACAAAUCGCUACUCUUGCUCAAUUACCUGGUGCGCAAUGGUUCGGAACGCGUGGUGACCUCGUCGCGGGAGCACAUCUACGAUCUUCGUUCCUUGGAGAAUUACACGUUCGUCGACGAGUUCGGUAAGGACCAGGGCAUCAAUAUCAGGCAUAAAGUGCGCGAGUUGAUCGACUUCAUCCAGGACGACGACAAGCUGCGGGAGGAGCGGAAAAAGGCCAAGAAGAACAAGGACAAGUACAUCGGGAUGUCGAGCAAAGCUAUGGCGAUGUGUGUGGGUAGCGGAGGAGGCGACAGGUGGAUGGACAAUCCAAAGUGGUCUAGUAAUAAAUCGAGUACGGGUACGAGCGGCGACGGCUACAACGAUUGGGACAGGGAAAAUAGACCCAAGGGAUUCGAGGAUGAAAACAAUAGCAUAACCAUAUCGAAACAUUCCAUGAGAAGUGAAAUACCUCAAAGUCUCCUCAUAUUCAAAAUGAUUCAAAAUGUAUUCAAAACCGACGACGGCGAUCGGGAAGACUCGGACAAUGAGGCGCACACGAGCUCGAAGAAAAAUUCCGGUAGUGGAGUAGGCGAGAGACGCGAAUACAGAGACGCGAUGGACAGCAUCGAGAGGGUCAGCAAACCCACGACGUCCGUCGCUUCAACGAAUAAUUCCUCGCCCACGAGAGUGCCGAGAAUCAUCAAAAAAGUCGAUCUCGGGGCCGCGGCCAACUAUGGCAAGGACCAAGUGAGCUCGUCGCCGAGUCAGCUGCAGCCGACGAGCAGAAAUAAGAACGAUAUAUUCAAUGAUAUUUUCGACACGCAAAACGACAAUAAUAUCACAGUCUCGAGCAAAUGGCCCGCGGAUAACAACGAGGACGAUGACUUCAAUCCCCGGGCGGAAAAUUAUGCGCCUCUACCCAGUGGCCAGAACGUCUCGGAUUUCGGGGACUUCACCUCGCCUUGCUUAUUAUCUCUAAAAGUCUCGAGCAAAUGGCCCGCGGAUAACAACGAGGACGAUGACUUCAAUCCCCGGGCGGAAAAUUAUGCGCCUCUACCCAGUGGCCAGAACGUCUCGGAUUUCGGGGACUUCACCUCGGCCUUCAGCUCGCCAUCCACCAAAACUAAAGAGAACAGAGGGAGCGACGAGUUCGCCGACUUCACCUCGGCUUUCAACUCGAGCAUGUCGAUAACGCAACAACCGCAAAUGUCUCUAAUCAAUCCGAUGAUACCCAGUGUCGGCAGCCCCGUCUCCGAUAAUCUGAUAAUGCCGAUGAACGCGAGGAUCAACACCAGCUUCACCAGCGGCAACGAUCUUUUUAACGCGACCCAACCACAGCAGCCACUCACCAAUCAGCCCCAAAUAAUUAACAAUAGCAAUAAUAAUGCAACAAUGUCAAAUACCGACUUGCUGUCGGACCUAACUGAUUUCAAUGCUUCCCUAGGAUCAUCCAUCACUCAGACGAAUAAUUUGAAUAAUGCAAAUCUCUUCAAUUCUGAUCCUAUUGGGCCACUUAAUAAUUCAGCUUCAUCGGGAUUCGAAGAGACUCGUGAAAGACACGCAAGCCAUCAACUGUUGGAGGUUUUGCGAGACCUGUCGACACAUAAGAGUCAAAGCAGUCUGAAAAGAUUACGAGGCACAAUCCUGGAAUACCUCGAGUUCUUACCGGGCCCUCUAACGCCGCAAAAGUGCACUGGUCAGGAUUCCGAUUACGAAUUGGAUGUUCUAGCGUAUAGUAGAGUUUUGGAAAGUCUUGUGGAGAUCUUCGAUUGCCAUUUUCCCUUGUCGAACGAAGCGGUUGACGCGACAGUUUGUAAUUUGUUUAUAUUGGACGGCGCCAGCUGUCAAUUGCUUAACGAAUCGCUUUUAAUUCUCACUCAAGCUCUGAAGAAGGCGGACGACGCAAGGCUAAUCGAAUGUUUUGGAAUUAUUUUGGAAAAGUUAAUCAAGAGCGACGCGCUGCUUUCGGCUAUCAUGCUCAUCUCAUUGCCAAACAGGGUCGCAAAUAAAAUGCAGAGAAAUCUUUUGGAGUGUUUCAAAUUGAAAAAUUUCGCGAGUAUCGUUUGCUUUGCAACGAGUCGGGCGAUCUAUACGCUUAACGAAGCAUUGUAUCUUUAUAAAAUUGAAGUGGAUACGGCCGUAAUGUCAAUGCUGAUCAGUAAAAUCUUUUUUAUUCUCAAUUCAAACGAUUUACUUUCUGUCGUUGAUAUCAUAACGGAAUGGUGUAUUUCAAAUGUGAACAACAUUCGGCCUUUCGUUCAGAAAAUUUUGCUAAAUAUUGAAGCGCACAGUGUCGAAAACGUGGCGAUUUUAUUUUUAAAGCACUCGCGAUUUGUUCCAAAUAUUUUUGGAGACUUAAUUAGAAACGAUAAUUGGCGCCACACUCUCGCCACGAGAAUUCCACUGAUGUCUUGGUAUAAGGACGAGCAACUGAUUAAGAAUUUCAUUUCGUAUCUUUAUCAUGCUCAAAGCGCCGAUGAUAGAAUCCUUGUCGAUAUUACGAAAAAAUUAAUCGACAUUUGGGGUGACCAGAGUGCUUUGAAUCACACGACCUUCGAUCAGCAUUUAUACAUAACGAAACUCAUAAUACUGGCCGUUAGAAUUAUCAAGAGUAGUUUAUUAUCGAACGAACAGAGUGAAAUUCAGCAGCUUGUCUUUGCUGGUAUUCCCGCGCAUUUAUCCUCGACCGAAGUUGAAGUACGAGCUAUUGGUAUGGUAACGGGCGAAAUACUUACCGAAUUGCUCGUUGACGUUAAAAAGAUCGACGACAAGUUGAAAUUCGAAUACGACGGUAUGGAUAAAAAUACCAUGCAGCUGGUUAAUGCAUUAAGAGCUCUAAGAAUUUCAUACCCAAAUCCGAAUGACAGUGAAGAUCGAUGCAAAGACUUGACACUUAAUAAUAUGGAAUUCCCGAACUUGGGUAUGAAAAAAGUAUUCGAAUUAGGCGUUGAAUGUGGAAUUCUAACGGAUCCCCGUGCGUCGAUUGAUGAACGAUCAACGCACACCGUUGAAGCAAUGAAGCUACCCGUGAAAAAGGAAACGAUGAUUAUCGUUACAGAAAAUGCAGCUGCCCAGGAUGAAGAAUUGGACAGCGAUGACGAUUUGGUACCCUACGAUAUGUCGAACGACGCCAGGGAAUCCGAGCGAUUAAAGCCAUUGUAUUUGCGCGAUCUGCGGGACAAUCUGGUGAACACAGACAGCAAGAAUUUGGAAAAUCCCGAGAUAUUUUCGGAGACGUUAAAAAUUAGCGAGGAAUUGAUAAUUCGUCAAUUGGGAAACGACGAUCCAAGUUUCGCCUGCGAAUUACUCGAGAUAUUUCUGAAUCUUCAGGAGAGAGGCUCCGUGGAUGACUUUGAAGUUUUAACGUUCAAAGCUUGCGUGGCCAUUGUCACGGUACAUCCCAAUGAAACGGCUAAAUACAUUUGCGUCGAGUUCCACUCGGAACUCUCCAAAUACUCGGUGCAGCAACGACUUCUCAUGUUAAAUAUUUUGUGCGAAGCGGCAAGCAGCCUUUCGCGAAUCCCAGUAACAAGCGACAUCAGCAGUACGGUGACGGUUACUACACUUGCUAAAAGAAAGAAAUUAUCAAGGCCAAUCAAUCUGUUUAUAGAAACGGACAAGUCAAAGAAGUAUGAAAGUAUGUACGACGAUGACUAUGAUGAUCCGACGAAUGACGCGUGUACGAGUAUCGAUUGGUAUGAGAUUGUGCAAGACAGGAUUCACUCGAAAACUCGUCACUUUGCACACGAAACCAAAUUACCAAAAACGACUAUCAACAAAUUUGGAAACUUCGUGUCGUCGUUCUUUUAUCCCCUAAUCUAUGGCUUUGGUAAUCCAAGACAAAGCUUCAUGUACGAAUUACCUCAAAGUUAUCAAGAUCACGAGAGCAUACUUUUAACGCGCUACCUCGAAACCUUAGCUACCAUCAUGAUUGCAGCGCAAAAUUGUCCAUUAAGCGUUAAGAUGGCUAAAGAAAUUUUAGAAUUAGCUUGGACAUUGAGAUACCAUGAAAGGGGCAGAGUGAGAUUGGCGAUCAUGAAAUGCGUAGCUGCUGUGCUUAUUAGUGUGCCCGAAUUCGAAUUGAAACGCGAAUUAUUGAGCGCGCUUAUGGAAAUUAGAUUAUGGCUGGUAGACGCGACGAAAAAUUCACUCAUAGGAGAUCCGGAUAAAAAUUGCCAGGAACUGGGAAAACACGUGCUGUACUUAAUUAAUUCCAUAUUUCAAGAAGUAAUUAAACAAGAAUUGCAAAUAGACAAUUUCUUGUAAAAUGCUCCACUUUCUUACCGCUGACAAUUUAAAUAUAAUUUAAUGGAAUUUACGGCCAGUUAACUGUAAUCGAUUAACUAUAAUCAACCAAUUAGUCAACGCUUCUUUACUAUCCUCGAGAAUUAUUAGUAUGUAAUGGGAAAAGGAGCCCACAUACGCAAAUUUUAUAUGAAAAAUGUAAUUAUCAAUUUAUCAUUAUAAUAAUACAAUAGUAAU